AUGGGGUUCGCGCUUGACCGUUUGCGCAUGAUGAGCAUGGACGAUUUCGGUUUCUUCUCGGAAGCAUCGAGUGCGGCGCGCGCCGGGCCAUCCUCAUCUUUAAGCAGCUCCAGAUCGCGUCCUCCUGCGCAGCAUGGCUUUUAUCAGAGCGGCGCAUGUCAGCAGAACGACGAUGCAUGUCAGAGACAGGUGCAGGCGACCAUGCAGCCGCUAGGCCUUCAGCAACAACACUGGCUUCAACAGCAGCAGCAAUUCAAGUAUCCGCACAGCUUGAAUCCGUUCGAUUCAGCUGCAACUGAGACGGUCCCGCUCACGCAUACACGCUCCGAUAGCGAAAGAGCAACCGCAUAUAGGCCCACCACUCCGAAUAAACGAGGAUCUAAUCUUGCAUGUCUCAAAUGCCGUGCUAUCAAAGUCAAGUGCCGGAAGACCAACCCCAACGACCCACGCUGCUCUCGGUGUAAUCGCCUGGACCUCUUUUGCGAAUUCCGCGAGCAUCAUCGUGGCAAGAAGCUCGAAAAAGUCAUCGCUGACGAGAAUCGGCUUGUCACCCUGAAUCCAGAAAUGCUGCUCCGGGCACGACACGAUAUGCUCGGCUGUAGCAGCUACCCUCUCAACCUCGACUUGGCUUCCAUGGCUCUUUCCGACAACGCACAAGAUGCAACGUACUUCGCAAAGCCUUUUGGCUGCUCGAGUCAGCCGUUUCCAAUAUGGCUCGGCAGUCCGGCGCACAGUGGCGCCACAGAGCUCGUAGCUUGCGCUUCAACCAACCCUGUACGAAUGGCUUCGAGCGUCUACGACGAUGUGUUGCAGAUCAACGCGUGCAGCUGGACAGACGCCUGCUACCUGUUCAGCCUGUUCAUAACGCAGCUCAACCCCAUCUUGGCCUUGUUGGAUGCAAACCUUCACAAGGUACAGUAUACGCGGGAGCAAUCGCCCAUCCUGUUCUCCACGAUACUUUGUGUCGCCAGUCGAUUUUUUCGUCCCUCGCUGCAUUCGCAGUGCCAAGCGGCAGCUGCAGCCAUCCUCAGCUUGGCAUCCAGCCGCCAAGUGUGCAGCAUCGACCACAUUCAAGCGUUGAUUGUCUCGGCCAUCUGGGCGACACCGGGCGAUCCUUCGAGGUCCGAGUGGAUCGCAGCUGCUAUUGCGUAUGCCUACGAGCUUGGCUUGUGCUUUUCCCUUGAUGCAGCAAUGCCAAUCACCUCGGCCGUUAAGCCGUACACACCACCUCUGGCGCUCCAUCUGCUGGACGCGAACCAUCAGUCAGUCGUCUUGCGAGUGCAGCAACGCACCUGGAUCCAACUGUGUCUUCUCGAGUUGAGCCAGCAAACCGAUUCCCAACGCGCAUCCAUGCCAAAACGUCCCGAGCUGAUCGCUCAACAUGACUUUCCCAAUGUCCGCACUUGGUACCAACUGCAUCACUUGACCAUGUCGGCAUAUGACACGCGUCUAGCGUACCAGCUCGACAUUGCUCUCUCGCAACGAAAUCUGGAUCGACUUGCAGCAUCGAUACAGGCCAAUACGGCGGCGGCGACGAUCUCGCAACACGAGCUGAGCAAUAGCAUCGACAUGCUUUUGGUGCAAGAGCGAGAGUGCUUCGCGACGUGGUUUAACGUUUUAGGAGAAGAAUACGUCGCACGAUACGCCAUGGACCGUUACAGCAGCAUGGAAGCAGGAUUCGUGUUGCUUUUAUAUCGCUUUGGACGAGCGGUUCAGUUACAUUCGAUCGCGUCGAGCUUUUCUAGCUAUGCUUGCUGGGCAAGACCACUACAAGAACGUUGGUUAGCCACGGCGACCGAACUGGCAUUCAGAGUGCUCGACUACUUCAGCAACAAGAUCCUCGACCAGGACAGCACAUCGUCAUCGACGCUUCGUUUCAGCCCACAGUACAUGGCUUCUGGAUGUCUUGCUGCUGCCCGAUGGGUGCUGCACCCUUCGUACAACUUGCAGAAUAUGCUGCGCGCUCGAGAACGUAUCAGCGAGACCAUGCGUUUGCUUGCUCAGCCACAGUUCUAUCCGGAUGGCAUUCGCUUAGCGACCUCGAAUGAGUUGACAGGAAAGUUGGACCAUGCACUUCGAUCGUUGAUGAGCGAUGCUAGAAUGCUGCUCUCUCCCGGUGCGAGUACGGGUGAGGAGCAAGCACGUGCGCAAGAAGCCAACUUGCAGCAACAGCAGAAUGGAGGUGCGCUCGACAUGCACGACUGGGCGGAUAGACGUAAGCAACGACGACGCAACUCGAACGCGUCAUGCACCACUCGGAUCGAUGUGGGCAGUAUUGGCAGUACAAGCGGGAUGUCAGAAUAUACGGGAUCCGAUCGCGGUGGUGCAAAUGAACCAUCUCCAUUCGCUCGAUCUACUGACACUGGGGCGAAUCUCAGCAUCGACUUGCGUCUGAGCGACUCCAGUUGGCCUACAUCGCUAAUGUUGGCAAAGCAGGGUUCGUGGACCCCGAAAUCGGAAGGGGGAUUCAACAUGCCCAUACCAUCUUCGUCGAUUUCUCCGUCCACCUCGGAAUGUUCGGCCAUGUUUUCGCUUUCAGCGCCUACAUGUACGAUGCCGGAUCUUGUCAAUAUCGCGUCCUACGGAUGUGUAGCGCCAACCACGGCGACAAUGACGACUCCGCCACUUAGCGUCGUUAGGUCCGGAGAUGUGAUAGCACCGAUUGCGAGCGAUUUGAAUGCGCACCCGCAUCCCUUACGCUUGAAGCGUGCGUUUGGUGACUGUCAAUACCUUUCUUCGGACUAUACCCAUCCGGAGUAUGAUGAUCUUGCACAUGGUACGCGCAAGGAUUGGGUUGAACCCACGCUUCGGACCGCCAGCUCUGCGCCCCAAAACUCGCACGCUGCGAACGCGCCACAGCCAUUUGCGAUGGAGCCGCAGCCCAUCGCGAUACCGCCGCCCUUCGACACGCAUCACUUUCGGCAUGACGCUCGCAACCACGCGCACCAACAACCCGCGUUCUGGCACCCACACGCACUAGAUGCCUCGCUCAACAUCAACUUGCAUGCAAGCGGCGAAUCCACCUCUCGCGAUCUGCUUGAACAUCCUCUGCACGGCCCUGGCUAG